AUGACAUUUAAGGGGAUAAAACGACUUAGUGUCUUAAUAGUAGAAAAGCACGAAGGCUGUUUUUUCAUAAUCGCUACUCUUACGCGGGAUAUUCUCUCGAUUCUAGCAUUUAGUGCUAGCGUAGAGCGACUUUUAAGUACUACUCGAAAUAUCUACUAUUAUCGCCGCCGUCGUAUAAAGUCCAAAAUAAUUAAAGAGCUUAUAAAAUUUCUUUAUACUUUAAGGGUUAACCUUAAGAGCGGGAGGCAAAGGAGAAUAAAAGUAGUAAAGGAAGAGAAGGAUAAAAGGUCUAAUAAGGUUAAUAUAGACGGAACUAGUGAUACCAAGGAGCUAGUCGAUAAGUCUAAUAAUCUAAUAGAGAUUAAUAAUAAUAGUGAUAAUAGUGAUAAUAGUGAUAAUAGUAAUAAUUAUACUAGGCCUCUACUACUAGAGAGUAGUAUAUAG